AUGGUUGCUGUCUCCAAGGAUCGAGAAUUCAAGGAGAAGGAUGCGCGGUGCUUCGGCAAAAUGUCGCCUGAGAUGAGGGCCUAUCAGGUCGUAACAGAGGCCAACAUCGCCGAUACUAUUUUCACCUACGUAAAACACCAAUUGAUGACCUUGACAGAGGAGCAACUAACCAAAACGCUGAUCCGCAUGAGUUGCCCGGGCGGGGACCAUGACUACGUCAACAUAGUCAUCGAUUUUUCAUCAUGGUGCACCCACUUUCGUGCUGAGCUGCGUCAGAAUUAUGACUCCGUUCCAUUGAACAACCUGAAUACUGAAGAGCCUUCGACAAGUUCAGCUGGAGAUCAGCCAUUACCAUCCAGUCUUCACUUAGACAGUAAUACUGAGUCUUCCUAUCCUAUAGUACUACCGCUUCGCCACGACAGUGUCUUGAUGUCUUCACCAACACCUCCAGUAGCUAAUGCAGCCACAAUGUCUGAUACCGAUGAGUCUGACACUGAAGAACAGGAAUGGAAGAAGCAACACAAGAGUACACAACCCACUUUCACAAUUACACUUUCGGUUGUGCUGGCUCGUGGUCUCAUCAGCAAUUAUUCAGCAAGGAAAAGAAGUCUGGACAGACAGCCACAAUACUCCGCAAAACGGCCAAAGCUCUCCACAAACAGACAAAAAGAAGUAGGAGUGGUUGAUGAGAUACGUUUGAGUAACGUGGGUUAUUCAUCAGCAUGA